UAUUCACUGCUCCCUGAACGGGUGCCCUUCUCAGUCUUAAAAAAUGGAGCCAUUUUUUCCAGAAAAGUAUUUGAUUAUGAGAAAGAUCCACGUAGUUACUUCCUAAACAUAACAGUGACAGAUCCAGGCGGACUCAACUUGACUAAAACAGUGAAUAUAAAUAUAAUUAACAUCAAUGAUGAAAGACCAUACUUUACCACAAAACAAAGAAUCUACAGGAUUCCAGAGGAGCAAAGCCUGGGCACUGUUGUUGCCAAUAUAACAGCUAAAGAUCCUGAUGAUGAAGACUUUCCCAGCAGACUUUUCUACAGCAUCCAGUCUUCUAACAGAUAUUUCUCCAUAAAUCCAUCGACUGGCGUGCUGCAGGUGACGGGGAGAGCUGACCGAGACGCGCUUCCCCUGCGGCUCCACCCUAACGUCUCGCUGCUGCUGCGGGUGGAGGACAGUCCCAGCGGGGGGCACGCCAGCGAAACAGAAAUCACAAUCAUUAUUGAGGACAUCAAUGACAACCUACCAGAAUGCCACCCUUCUACCUUCAGGAAAGAGGUGAAUGAAGAUACAACUGCUGGGACAUUUCUUCUUGAUCUUAGAAAUUACUGUAGAGAUACUGAUGUUGAUCCAUCACACAACCAAUUUAAUUUCACUGGAUUAUCUGGUUUUGGAAGCAAUAACUUCGCUUUGGGGUCCACUGUGUCUGGAAGACUUGUGAUGACUGAAAGUAUUGAUUUAGAAAACCCAGCUAAUCUUGGAGUUGAAGUUUAUUCUUUGGCUGUCAGGGUGCAAGAUAUUGCCCGUCCUGACUACUCAAAUAUCAUCUACAUUUAUAUCAGGAUAAAGCCAGUGAAUGAAUUUUUUCCAGUCUUCAGUAAUUUAUCAUAUGAAUUUAAUGUUCCAGAAAUUAUUAAAGUUGGAUCCAGCAUUGGAACAGUAAAUGCCAAAGACAAGGACUGGCCACCCAGUGUCAUCACUUAUUCCAUUAUAGCUGGAGGAGGCACCAGGGAAUACACAAAUAUCUUCUGGAUCAGUCCAACCAAAGGAGUUGUCAAGAUUUUAGGUAGAUUAGACUAUGAAACAACUCAGAAACACAUUUUCACAGUACAGGCCUCAGACCAAGAGAAGGCUGCAACAGCAUCUGUAACUGUCAAUGUAUUGGAAGUCAAUGAUGAAGAACCUGUUUGUGCACCCAAUUUCUAUUCAUUUCAAAUCCCAGUCAGCUUAGCUGUAGGGACCAAUAUUAAUGGCUUCAGGAUUGAAUGUCAGGAUCGUGAUUCUGAUCCCAGGUCUUUCCGUUACUUCAUUAAUGAAGGCAACACGAACAACCAUUUCACCUUCUCACCAAGUGCUGGCUCCAACACAUCUCGGCUGAUUCUUGCAUCCAGGUUUGAUUAUGAGAGUGGACUUGAUACAAACUGGGUUUACAGGCUGCGCGUCCAUAUAACAGAUGACAAUUUACUACCUGCCAGGGACAAAACUACACGCCUAAUUAAAACUGGAACGGUGACUUUAAGCAUCAGAGUUAUCCCAAACCCAACCACUAUCAUUACCACAACUCCUGGCUUCACCGUCGUGACAAAAAGGGAGAACACCUACUCCGAAUCAGCGUGGUACGUGCCGUUCGUCACCACC